CCCGUGGCGACGGCCGCGCCGGCCAGACCGGCGCCCGCAGUCGCCGCCGCCAAGGAGGUGGCCGUGGAGAGCAGACCGGAGCAGGCCAUCCCGCUGCCGCCAGAGGAGGCUGAGAUUGACCAGCUGCGCCGCCGACUGGAGGACACGGAGCGCGCCAUGGAGCGCAUCAUGAAACAGAUGAGCACCGUCUCACAGAAGCUGAACGCCGCCAAGAUCAGCUCCAACAUCCGAGCACUGAAGCAGGAGAGCGAUCCAGACGCCAAGCGUGCGAUGGACGACGAGCCGGCUGUCGACGGCGACCGGGAGGAGCUGUGGGGUUCGGCCGACUCACUGGCGUCGGAGAGUCUCGCCACGGACUACUCGCUUUCGCUGGACUCGCGCGGCCAGGUACUGCCCGACCCGUCACUCUACACGUACAGCCUAGACACGGGCUACACAGCGUCGGCGCCGCCCACUCGCGACGAGACGGGCUCAGUAGCGACGGCCUUCAGUCGGCUGGCGCGCUCCGUCAGCCAGCUCAGCCUCGAACUGGAGACGGCGCCCGGCGACGACGACGCCUCGCUACCGGCCGAGACGGGCGCCGAGCUGUCCGAGCUGGCCGACGGCGAGGAGGCGGCCGACCUGCUGGACGGCGUCGACGAGCUCCGCCACGACGGCCCGAAUGCGACGGAGACGUCGCUGGCUUCAAUUGAGGAUGAUCUGAGAAGGGCAUCACUGGCCUUGAAGAACGCCAAUACUAGGGCGGCAGGAGGCUCAAAUGGAAAGGACAUACCUGAGGUCCCUCCGCCGCGGGAGAACGCUCCUGCCGACGGCGCCGCCGUUCAGCGGAUACAAGAGCUGCCGCAGUCGUGAAGCAGCGCCACCCUCGGCGCGGCGGCCAGCGGCGCGCCAGGCCGGCCCGCUCGCUGGCGUCG